AUGACGGAAGACAAAGAAGACCACCAAAGCGAAGGAAAAAGACUGAAGUCGAUUUCAGUCGUCAUCUCGUGCCUGAACGAAAGCGAGAACAUUUCCAAGUGCAUACACUCCACCCUCGCACAAAAAGGACGCAAAAAUUGGGGAAAUCAUCAUCACGCGGACGGUGUUCGGGAAAAAGAACGAGUGCGAACAAAAGUCGUCGUCGUGGAUGGAGGAUCCACGGACGAUACCGUUUUAAGAGCGAAAAAAGUAGUCUCGGACAUGAAGACAAAGAGUGACGGUAAAGACGAGGAGGAAGUGAUCAUUGUCGAGUGCGCGGAACGAGGGCGAGCGAAACAGUUUAAUCGAGGCGGGAGAGUUGUACUGAGGGGUUCGUUGGAGGAGACGAAAGAAGAAAACAUUUUGGUGUUUUUACACGCGGAUACGACGAUGCCGGAAACGUACAGAGAAGAUAUUUACGACGCUUUGCGCAGAGAACGGGAGAGGCGCGAGAGAGAGCGGCGGUUUCCGAGCGCGUGGGGGGUGAUUAAAAAUGGCUGCGCCAAGUUUGCGCGGCUCGGAAGAAGCGUCGGUAAGGCCGAGAGUACGAACGAGAACAACAGAGCGGAUGUACCGUGCUGGGGCGCGUUUCCCAUCAAACUCUCCGGCGAACGCUCGAAAUGGAAGAAAUGUGUCGUCGCGUCGUUCGCGAAUUUUCGAACGCGACGGACGUCUAUUCCGUACGGCGACCAGGCGAUAUUCGUAACUGCGUCGGCGUUUGCCGAGCACAAGUUUGACGAGUCGAAGAUGUUCAUGGAAGAUUACGAGUACUCGUCGAGGAUGAAGAAGUGUUUUGGGAAACCGGCUAUUUGCAAAUCACCCGUGGUGACAGAUUCCAGACGGUUUGAAUCGGUUGGGUUUAUGAACACGACGAUGAUUAAUAUUUUUUCUAUAGGAAUGCAAAUAAAAGAAGAGAAGUAG